AUGAAACUCAAUCGGUGUGGCGGUCGCAACAAACACGGCCGCGGCCACGUCAAAUUCAUUCGAUGCUCCAACUGCGGCAAAUGCUGCCCUAAGGACAAGGCUAUCAAGAGGUUUUUGGUGAGGAACAUUGUUGAACAGGCUGCAGUCAGAGAUGUGCAGGAAGCCUGUGUCUAUGAACAAUACACUCUUCCCAAACUGUAUGUGAAGAUGCAGUACUGUGUUUCCUGUGCCAUCCACUCUCAUGUUGUGAGGGUUCGAUCCCGCACUGACAGGAGGAAGCGUGAUCCUCCACAGCGAUUCAUCAGGCGCAGGGUAACUUUAUACACCCACUUUUCUUUUCUUUUUUCCUCUUUCCAUUGUUCUAUUUUUAAUAUAAUUUGAUCUUAUAUUAUUUCG